AUGCUGUGGAAGAUCGUUUUCACCUUACUGAUGGCCGUUUUCGCUGUUGUGUUAAGUGGCAUGCCAGGAGGCGUUACAGACAUUGACAUCAACGACGAGGGUGUCCAACAUGCUGUACAUUUCGCUAUUGAGCAGCACAACAGAAACUCUAACGACGUGUACAUUUACCGGGUGGUAGAAAUCGUCAGGGCUCAGAUUCAGGUGGUUGAAGGAGUAAACUACAUCAUAACUGUAAAGAUCAUAAUGACCAGCUGCAGAAAAGACAUUUAUAAUGAAGAGUGUGGCUUCAUCCCCAACCCAAAUGCUCGGCCUUACCAAUGCACAUUCACUGUGUGGAGCCGCCCGUGGAUCAAUGAUAUCAGACUGACAGACGAUACAUGCUAA